AUGGAGCAAGUCGAAGCGCCGAGAAUUCCGCCUGGCGUUCGCGGUUCGUUUGAUGAAGAGACGUGUCGAAUGCGCCUAGAUAGACUGGGCAUAGAACAUGUGCCCAGAUACCCCUUCGAAUAUGGUAUCCAGCAGAUAUACGCAAUCUUGCUUGGUGAGUAUGGCCGCUCCCAAAUUGCUGAUGUGAUCAGCGUUCUUCACGAGCUACUCGAAGAUGAGAGCGUUGAGGGAUACAUUUGGAGGUCAUGGAGACAUGAAUGGCGUCACCGAAAUGACGAUAUCUUGAACCCAUUCGUUCCUGCUGUUGGUGACUUUGUGCUCCCUCCCCCAUCGAGCAAACGCAUACGAGCCCUCAAAGCAGCGAAUUUCUCCGCUACUGAAGGCCAGAUCUUGACCUCAAGCAGGAGUUCUGUAAUCGAUCACGAUGAGGAGCUUCCAUCGUACAUUUCGUCCCAAUCGCUAGCACAGUCCCCUGCAGAGUCUCCUGAUUAUGAGCGUACUUUCGAUACAGGCUCUGUUGUCAAUCAUGAAAUUGUCCAGGAAACAAGACAGCAUGAAAACCAACAAAGCAAAUCUGACUCACAGCAACAUAUGAGACCAAGCACUGAUGAAGAUCCCAAUGACCAACCCGUUCGCAAUGAGAAUGACAUUCUGUCGUCAAAAGCAAACGAAGAUAACGAAGACUUAUCGCAGCAGUCUCCUCUCAAGUCUGGUGAGGUAGGACAGCCUAGCGAUCAGGGCAGCUCAGUUGUGCAAGAUGAUGGACCGGAUAAAGACUCUCAACAAGAAUUUGCUAGUGUUACCAAUAGUGAUGGCCACCAUGAUGAUCCAAACUUGCUCAAUUUUGAAAUGCUAGGUACGCGACCAAGUCUUUUAUCUCAGCACCGUCGAACACACAGUGAGCCCACAGACACACUCGUUCUCCGUCCAGUCCAUUCCGGGGGCCCCUCAAGCGAUAUAGGUAGGGAUGUGGAAAUGCCUUACCGUCGCUGGUCAGAAUAUCUCGAGCCAGGCAACGAUCACGAAGCAGAACCUGGUGGGCGACCUGCCAACAGCACGCCAAGAGCACAGCAAGCCGAUGCCAGCCUCGGCCAAGACGAGCCAGCUACAUGCUCAGCAGUGCUUCACAUGCCCUUCACAAGCCCAAUGUCCAAUGCCGAAUUCAACGAGGGGCUUCUCGACAAGUCUGAAGCCCAUCCAGCUCCGUCGGCUGGACACCAAGAGAAAACCGACGAUGAUAUUCAACAACUCCUCCCAGAUGCUGCUUACCAUGACCAAGCGGUGCGCAUGCCGGUGUCGAUCGUCAAGUCUUACACAGCUGAGAAAACCACUGCUUCGAUCGACACAGCUUCUGAUCAUGCCUCGCUUCACUCCUGGCGCGGAGAUAAGUCGGAUGCUAUCGAGGCUAAUCAUCGCGAGAUCAGCGUCAUCAAUGGUGAGGUGCUCUCCCAUGCACCGCAGCAGAGCGUCUCGCCUACAUCAGGAAGAUUCCCCAUUGAUAGUCCUGGUGAAGAAGAAAUCAGUCAAAUUCGAUCUCACAAGUGUGAACCGAAUGAGCAUGGGGAUGGUGUGCAAUGUAGCCGCAUAUCAGCUGAAAGAUAUCCCAUCGAUGGCCAUGAAAGUUCUCACGGCAAGCGCCGAACAUCUAUGCUUCUCAGCCUUAAAGAAACACAACCAAGUAAGCUACUUCGACGUGGUCGCAGUCUUCUGCAGCACAUGCCAAAAUUAUUCCGAAAAGGUCGUGGAAGUAAACAAACAAACCACCAAGAUCCCGAUUCAAUUGAGGGUGGUUCAUCAACCACGGCAGGUCUCUUGCGCCGCAGAAGCACCAAAACUGGGUUGCGUUCAAGAAUAGGUAUUGGCUCUCGACCAAAAGUCGGACCAAACCGCACUACUCCUAUAUAUUCAUUUGACGGUGCCUGUGAUGAAGAUGAUACCAUGUCAACAAUGCCUGGAGUCGAUUUGAACAAAGCUCUUCCUCCCCAGCCACUUUUGACGAAGAGCGAGACACCAGCUACAUGCGGAACAAACACUCCGUCACUUGCCCAUUCUUAUGAAUCCAAGACUCAGCCUUCAACUGCAUCAACUCUCGCGUCAGAACUUUCCCGAGUCUCCAGCAAGAAACGUUUCCAUCGUACUACUCAUGACCUCGUUCACCCUGAUAUGGCAGGGUCCAGAGAACCGUCUCCUCUUCACGAACUUGACGCUGAUAAGCUUCUGGUUGCUUCAAAGUAUGACCCUCUUGCUUCUCCGAAGCAGCCAGACACGCCUAUGACCUUUAGCAGCUUCAGUAAUGCUAAUCCUUUCAUGGAUCAAUACGAUGAAUUUAUCCCGCCAAUGCCAGUACCUGUGAUACCUGAGCUCAGAUUACCAGAUCCAGUCAAAUCAUCGCGAGCUUAUGGCAUUCCGCAAUCACGAUCGGACGGCCAAAUUUAUUCUCCCAAAACUCUACAAGUUGAACACACCAGAUCCAAAUAUCAACUGGGACAAUCUGACGGCACCGAUGAACAUUCUACCACCACCCCACGAGGCCGGGUCCCCAGCCGCAAUGUCCCUCAACCAACAGCGACUCUCGCAAGUGCAGAUGAGAAGUCUGCUUCCCGUCGAGCUGAAUCACGCAAGAGAUCUCGGAGUCCAGUAAAGCGGUUUCUAGGACUCGGAAAGAGUCAAAGCAUGAAAGAUAUACCUCAAGACAAAGGAGCAAAUGAUGAAAGUGACAAAAAGGCGGGUCUCAAAUUAUGGGGUGACAGGCUUCGCCAUGGGUUUCUGGUGAGCAUCUCUUCGCCUACCAUUCAAAGCAUACUAACAGAUUUUUGGACAAAUACUGAGCCGAAAGCGAAUACCAAUAGCCCUCAACCAGAGGUUGGCAGAUCUAGAGCCCCUUCUCAGUCUACCUUCCCUAUCUCUAUUCCUCCAACCCGCCAAGCGAAAAUCCAAUGCGAAGUCGAACUCAUGAUCUGCGUCACUGCCAAUAAAUUUCUCAAACACCAAGAGAAAGCCGGUCUCAUGUCCCCAGAAUCUGUUACCAAAGUUGUGGGUCAAUGGAAACAAAAAAACCGACCUCAAGUUUUGGAGUUCCAAUUCGACCAAGCAACCCAGCGUGAUCUCGUCCUCUACAAUAUCAAUACCUUCAAGUUCUACGGUGAAGCUCAGACUAGUCCCAUUGUUCUCAAUGCAACAAUGUACGCAUGGAAAGUCAUGGCGAAGGAGAUGAGCGUCAGAACAUUCUGCACACCAGACAGUGUCAUUCGCAAGCAUCUACACGAUACGCACAAAGUCUUGGAGAUGCUAGGGGCAGGAUUGCCGACGUUCCUAGCGCUACAGGAGUUGCAGGUCGCCGCGCUGAAGGAGAUGGCGGAUAAGCAGAAGGUGAGGGUCGAGAGGCGGAGACAGCGCGAAAAGGAGAAGGAAGCGGGCGGUUCUGGGACGAUGGCGGGCUCGGGGACGGGAAGUGCGAAAACGAGGAAGUUCACACCGCCAACACCCACUACUUCGUCUUUCAUGUUGACUCCUAUGGGGGCGUUUCUGGAUGAGGAGACAUUGUUUGAGAGUCAGUUUGAGGGCUGA